AUGAGCUCUGACGAAGAAGACUUUAACGAUAUCUAUGGUGAAGACUCAUCAAAAGAUAUUUCUACAACUACCGAAAAUAAAAAGGAACAAGCUGAACCUACGACAGCAGCUGUAACCUCCUCUACUGAGACUACAGAUAAGCAAGACGAUAGCAAAAAAGAUACUGAAGAGCCAACGUCAAAAGAUGAAACAAAAGUAGAAGAAAAAUCAGAUGAUUCGAAGGAAAAGACUGCUGAAGAAUCUGACACUAAAAAAGAUGAAUCCAAAGAAGAUAAAGAAUCUGCGAACAAACCUACAAGUACGACUUCACAAUUAGAUCAAUUAGCUGCCUUGCAAGCUUUAUCUUCAAAUAUUAGUCAAAUGGCUCAGCAGUCUACUAAACCAGAUACAUCAGUGAAAUCACCAUCUCUUGAAACAUCAUCAAAUAGCGUUUCAAAUAUGGCGCCAAAUAAUCCACCAUGGGCACAACCUCAACCACAUGUUCCUGCUUAUCCAAAUCAAUCUCCUCCAAUGCCAUACGGUCAAGCGUCUCCAUAUCCUCCAACGAUGCCAAUGCAACAACAACAACCUCCACAAGCGUCGCCAUACUCGUCUGUUCCAUUACCUUCUCAAGCACAGGCUUAUGGUGGUCAAACAGGUGGUGCACAAACGGGUGGGCCAAGAGCAGAUUUAUCAAAGGAAUCAUGUAAAUUAUUCAUUGGUGGUUUGAACUGGGAAACUACUGAAGAGAAAUUAAAGGACUAUUUCAGUAAAUAUGGUAAUGUCGUCGAUUUAAAGAUUAUGAAAGAUGCCAAUUCAGGUAGAUCAAGAGGGUUUGGUUUCCUUUCAUUUGAACAUCCAUCAAGUGUCGAUGAAGUCGUCAAAAGUCAACAUAUCUUAGAUGGUAAAGUUAUUGAUCCAAAGAGAGCUAUCCCAAGAGAAGAACAAGAUAAAACUGGUAAGAUUUUCGUUGGUGGUAUCGGUCCAGAUGUUAGACCAAAAGAAUUUGAAGAAUUCUUCGCUCAAUGGGGAACUAUCAUUGAUGCUCAAUUAAUGUUAGAUAAAGAUACAGGUAGAUCAAGAGGUUUCGGAUUUAUCACUUACGAUUCAGGUGAAGCUGUUGAUAGAGUUUGUCAAAAUAAAUAUAUUCAAUUUAAAGAUAAGCAAAUUGAAAUUAAGAGAGCUGCACCAAGGCAUAACCAAAGAAAUAAUUCAUAUGGUAACGGUGGACGUGGUGGUUCAAGAUCGUAUAAUAAUAACCCAAUGUCACAACCACCACAACAGCAAAUGUACCAAAAUCAAAUGAUGGCUGCAGCCGCCGGUAUGAAUCCAAUGUACGAUCCUCAAGCAAUGAAUGAUUACUAUCAACAAAUGCAAGCUUACUACCAACAAGUACAGCAACAAACAGGAAUGGAUUAUAGUCAAAUGUAUCAACAGGCUGGUCAACCAGGCCAGCCAACUAUGCCUAUGCCAAUGCCUAUGCCAAUGGGUGGUGCUCCUCCAUACGGUGGUGUUCCACCAACUGGUGCACCAAGUGGUGAUAACUCUUCUGAAUCUGCUACGCCAAAUGCUGAUGAUCAAGAUGGUGGAAAUCAAGGUAAUUUCCGCGGGUACCGCGGCCGUACCCAACACAAUAGACGUGGGAAUAACAAUGGAUAUCAUCCAUACAAUAGAUCAUAG